ACGCCUCGACAGUGUGCCUCAGCUAUUUGGCUAAGCAUGUUCAGUUGUUGUAAUUUGUUCUUUAAUUCUGAUUCACGUCUGAUUCGUUGUCAUACAUUGCCUGCUAUAUAUUGUGGUUAAAUUCAGUGGGAUAAAAUCAACCGAAUAAUUAAAUUAUUUCAUCCGAAGCACGUACUCUCCGUUUUAGGGUUACAUCGACAUGAAUAUCACACAAAUUCAGCAGCCCGGACAGAUGGGAAUGGGUCAGAUGCCUCAAUCUAACCCUCAGAUAUCGCAGACUCAGCAGCAACAGCAGCAACAACAACAGCCGCAACAACAGCAACAGCAACAACAGCAGCAGCAACAACAGCCUCAGCAACAACAACAACCGCAACAACAGCAACACACUCAGGAGAAACUGGAUAACAUAUCAAAAGUAAAGUCUCUUGUGGGCCCGCUCAGAGACUCACUUGCUAUUGCUCUUAAAUCAGCUGCUCAAACACUUCAUCAAAACAGUCUUGUUGACGUUGGUACCUACAAAGGGAUUGACUUACCGGUACAGUACAGGUUUGACAAGAAUGCAGAAGAGUUCUACUCGAUAUGUGACCAGAUAGAGUUACAUCUGAAGACAUCCAUCGAAUGUCUCUCGCAAAACUCAAGCUCUCUAAGGUAUCUUCCGAUCUCUGUUGCCCCCAAUAGGACAGAAGCUGUCUCUGGACAGGAUGGUCCAGCUUUGACCUAUCCACAAUUUCUAAUGACUGUUCGCUCUCAAGUCUCUUAUGUUAAGGAUAUUCAUGAUAUGCUAUUAUCAGCUGCGCACACUAUGACUCCAGGGGAAUGAGACAAAGGUAGCGAUACUAUUCAGGUAUGAGCUACACCAGCAGUCACUGAGGCUCACAGAAUGAAGGGUAACACAAUCAGGUUGUGCAUUAGCUUCCUGGAUUACAAAUAACAAAACAUUUUCGUCUUGUGAGGUCAUUAUAACAAUACCCUUUUAUUGUGAUUUGCCUAUCAUAAUUUCAACAGUUUGACACAGUAAUCGUCGGAUUAAACUAAAAGGCUGUGUUAAGGGAGUACAUUGUCGAUAACACUUUCAGAAUAAACAUUUUGCUUUACCAGAA